AUGUCAGCGGAGCCGGCGGAUCGGGCAGCGGCGUCGGCUCCGGUGGCGGUUCGGCCAGCGGCUCAGUUCAAGUCGAAAAAAAAGCCCAUCCACUACACCAAAGCGGAGUCUGUUGCUGUGGCGAGGGCGUGGGAUGCCGCCACAUCAGACCCCGUAGUGGGCACCGAUCAGACCGAGUUUAGCUUUUGGAAGCGCGUCGUGCAGGCGUACAACGAGUUCAAACCUCGCGACGCCCUCCCGCGUGACGGGGAACAGCUCCGCAAGAAGUGGUCUAGGAUUCUGCCGGCGACCCGGCGGUUCGCGGGCAUAUACCAGAACAACCUGCUCCAUGCGGAGAGUGGCCGAAGCGAGGCUGACGUGAAAGAACUUUCGAUGGAGCAAUACCACACGCUCGGCCAUCCAAAGUUCACAAUGUGGGAGGAGUUUCAAGUUCUCCAGGACUGCCCGAAAUUCAAGGCCAUUUGUGCCCAAGAGCAGGGUCCGGCGACGAAGCGGACAAGACACAACAUUUUUGGGGACUACAGCAGCGGCACCGGCUCGCAAUCGUUCGACAUGAACGAAGAGCAAGCCGCAGAGCCCUCCGCUACACACUCUAGGCGCGCCCGCCCUCCGGGACAACGUGCCUCUAUCCGACGGGCUAGAAAAGCCGGCGGUUCCUCCCGACGAUCGUCGGCGGCUUCUGGAUCGUGCGCCCCGCAGCCCGCGCCUCUACCGGCUUCAAGGGCCCCUUUUGCCAGCGAGGUCUUGAGGGAUAACGUAUAUGCGCAGCUGGCGCACGAAUUGAAUGAUGCCUGCAGCAAAUACGAGGUGGCAACCGACCCGUACAUCAAGAAUAUAUACUCCGACCUCAUACGUCAGAUCCAGCGCCGUCUGCGCUUGGCUGAUGAGGGUCCUGGGGCAGCGGCGGCCGGCGGCAGCGAGGGAGACGUUGAAGGCGAUGGAGAAGGCGACGUGGACAAGGAAGAGGAAUCGGACACGCCACCGAUUAGACUGUGGCGGCAUAUAGUUGAUCGCGAAAUCACAAGUGAGAAGGAGAAAUCAACUCUUGCAAUGAAGAUUUUGCAAUUAACAAUGGAGAUUGUUGAUAAUGAGCGUAAACGAUGA